AUGGAGGGUCGCGAGGGUGUAGUUUCUGCUGCUGGCUCUCCUGCUGCUGCUGCUGCUGCUGCUGCUGCUGCUGCAGCAGCAGCAGCAGCAGCAGGAGGAGCAGCAACACCACUGGUUGUUUCUCCUGCUCUUACCUGCGACAGCAGCAGAGACAGCUGGGUUGCUGCUGCUUCUCCUCUUAUCUCUCCCGAGGCCCUAUCCCCCCUACAUACGGGGGGCCCCCACUACGGUGCUGAUGAAUUUGUUUGUCUCCCUGAGCGGCUUGCUGCUGCUGCUGCUGCUGCUGCUGCUGACCAGCAGCAGCAGCAGCAGCAGCAGCAAGGGAGAGGGUCAGGGUUGCUGCUGCAACGGCAUUAUCCUGCUGCUGCUGCUGCUGCUUCCUCACCUACUGUUUGCUGCAACAAUAGCAGCAACUGCUGCUGCCUAUACACCCCAGAUAAACAGCAGCAGCAGCAGCAGCAGCAGCAACACAUUUAUAAACAGCAGCAGCAGCAGCAGCAGCAACACAUUUGUAUGUUUACACAAGCGCAGCAGCAGCACUUGCUGCAGUACCAGCAGCAGCAGCUGCUGCAGUAUACACCGCAGCAGCUGCAGCAGUUGCAGUAUGCACAGCAGCAGCAGCAGCACCAGCUGCUGCAUGCUGAGGCGCUGCUGCAGCCACAUAUACAGCAGCAGCAGCAGCAAGAGCAUCUGCAGCAGCACCAACUGCUGCAGCGGCAGCUUCGAUCAAGUAGACAACAGCAGCAGCAACAGCAGCAGCAGCAGCAGCAGCAGCAGCAGCAUCAACACAGCAGCAAAACGGAGCCGUCUAUGGGUGUAGACGGGGGCGUGUUCAUGCUACCAGCAGCAGCUGGAGCAGCAGCAACACCAGCAGCAGCAGCAGCAGCAGCAGCAGCAGCAGGUGGUGGUGUGCUGCAGCGAAGCAAAAGAAUAUUAGAUACAGAGAGAACAGAAAGGAGACAGAUGAGGAGACAGAUGGUGCUGCCGCUGCCGCAGCCCCCGCCUCUCCCUUCAAUACACAGACAAACCCACCAGCGGCAGCUUCGAUCAAGUAGACAACAGCAGCAGCAACAGCAGCAGCAGCAGCAGCAGCAGCAGCAACACAGCAGCAAAACGGAGCCGUCUAUGGGUGUAGACGGCGGCGUGUUCAUGCUACCAGCAGCAGCAACACCAGCAGCAGCCUGGCUGAGGCGGGGGGAGGAGAAGAGAUGCAGCAGGGGGAUGCAGCAGCAGCAGCAGCAGCAGCAGCUGCUGCUGCUGCUGCUGCUGCUGCUGCUGCUGCUGCUGGUGGUGGAGCUGGUGAGUUCACUAACAGCAACUACUACCCCAGCAGCAACUGGUAUCCUAAUGCAUACAACUGCAGCAGCUGCAGCAGCUGCAGCAGCUGCUGCAGCAGCAGCAGCAGCAGCAACGGCAGCUUUGUGCUGCCGUUUAGACGACAAAGUCAGCGCCAUAAAAGCAGCUGCAGCAAAGGCAGCAGCAGCAGCAGCAGCAGCAGCAGCAAAGACAGCUGCUGCAGCUGCAGCAGCAGAAGGUAAAUUGAGUAAACGAACAGGAGCAGCAACAGAAGCUGCAACAGCACAGCAGCAACAGCAGCAACAGCAGCAGCAGCAGCAGCAAAAUGCUGCUGCAGGAAUGCAAAGGCAGCAGCGGCUGCUGCAAAGGCAGCAGCAGCAACUGCAGCAGCUACUGCAGCAGCAAAGGCAGCAGCAGCAGCAGCAGCAGCAGCAAAAGCAGCAGCAAAAGCAGCAGCAGCAGCAGGAAAAUCUGCUGCAGCAGCAGAAGCAGCAAUCCACUGCUCAUGCAAAGGCGAGCAUCCUGAUCAGCAGCAGCAGCAACAGCAGCAGCAGCAGCAGCAGCAGCUGUCUAUACACCGCAGAAGUCGGUCGUUGGCUGCAGCUUUUAUUUCAUUUUAAUAACAAAGUGCAGCCAAAGACAACUGCUGCUGCUGCUGCAUCGGCAGCAGCAAGCAGCAGUAAAGCAGCAGCAACAGCAGCAGCAGCAGCAGCAGCAGCAGCAGCAGAAGCAGAAACAGAAACAGCAGCGAAGGAGCGGAAUGCAGCAGCAGCAGCCAUUGCAGCAAAGGCUGCAGCUGCUGCAGUUGCUGCAGCAGCAGAGCAACAUAUGCAGCAGUUGCAGCAGCAACUGCAGCAGCAACUGCAGCAGCAACUGCAGCAGCAACUGCUGCAGCAACUGCUGCAGCAACUGCAGCAGCAACUGCAGCAGCAACUGCUGCAGCAGCUGCAGCAGAAGCAGCGGAGGGAAUUUGGGUUUUUGUAUGUGGCCGCUUCCUUUGGGCUGCAACUUUAUUUCAAAUCUAUUAGUAACACACUUGCUGUUGCUGCUGCUGCUGCUGCUGCUGCUGCUGCUGUUGCUGCUGCUGCUGCUGCUGCUGCUGCUGCUGUUGUAGGGUGUACAGACACCUCUGCCUCACGCGCCAGGCGCGAGCUGCAGCGAGGCCCCACAGGUCGAGGCUGCAGCAGCUGCAGCCGGUGCAGCAGGGCCCCCAAGAGGAGACAGGAGACAGAGAGAAAGAAGAAGGAGACAGAAAGAAAGGAGACAGAGAAAGAGGAGACAGAGAGACAAACAGAAACAACAAUAAAAACAAACACAAAACACAACAUAGCUGCAUAUACACAAACAAAAACACAAAGGAAAACAGCAGCAGCAGCAGCAGCAGCAGCAGGAAAGGAGACAGCAUCAUAG